GUGAGAUGUCUAAACCAUGUCUACCAUUGCAUUAGCUAUACCAAAAUUCAAUAACAAACAUCAGGUUUCUUUCACCAAUCCACUGUCUUUAAUUUUUCCAUAGUUGUGUUACAAAGUGGGGUAUUUGAAUGUUCUUCCAUUUAACUUCAUCUAUAAUCCUUGAAAAUGACUUCUAUAAGACAAUAGUACAAUACCAUGUGAUCCCUUGUCCGUCACUAGGCCCUAUCACAGCUCACCAAAAUACUUUCAUUGGCUAAUUGAUUUUGUAGAGUUCCUUAGCUUCUAUAUAUACACUAUUCCAUGGGUUCUCAAGCAACGUAAGUCUUUUGCAUCCUAAAUUAUCAUAAGUCAAAUAUAUAUUUCCCAUCCAAAUCCUCUAACAAUAAAAGAAAAAAACAAUGGGUUUCCGCAUAGCAAAGCUUAUCAGAAUGCCAUCAUUUUCGUCAACACAAGCAUCUAGUAAAGGAUUCGAAGUCCCAAAAGGCUAUCUCGCAGUCUAUGUUGGAGAUCAAAUGAGGCGGUUUGUGAUUCCAGUAUCAUACUUGAACCAACCUUCAUUUCAAGAAUUGCUAAAUCAAUCUGAAGAAGAAUAUGGAUAUGAUCAUCCAAUGGGUGGUCUUACCAUUCCGUGCAGCGAGGAUGAAUUCCGAAACCUCACUUCUCGCAUGAAUUGAGCUGUAGAUAUCAUGCUAAUAGAGAUUAAUAUAGAUUAGUUCAUUCUAAUUUGCAUAGAAGGCUUUUUUUUUUUUAUCUGUUUUGAAUAUUUUGUUCAUUUUGUUUCUGCCAUGUAACACUCAUUCCUACGGAAACAAAAUGUUCCCUCAAUGAGAAUGUUGGUACAAGAUAUUGUUAAAUCAUUUUUAGCUUAUUCUAAAUCUCAACAAAUUCUAUUA